AUGAAUCGUGGAAAAAUAGAAGUGCACCCUGCCCCUUUUCCCUCGUCGUUGGAAGGUGACUGGACAGCCCAUCUCAAAGAUCCAUCUCCUGCUGAAAAAGAAAUCCGAAGACAUGCUGAAUAUUUAGGAGCAAAAGGCCAUUUGUUCACGUCGAUCGGUGCCCCUGAAAUCGCAGCUUCUGGUCUUGUUACGAAGCAUGAGCUGCGGGAGAUUCUGGAUCCGAACAAAAAAUGCGACUACAAUUUCGAUAACGAAGUUGCAGUGACGAAUUUGUUCUUCAGUGAAAAACAGAAACAUUUUUGUAAGUUCAAAGUGAUACAAAGAGAGCCUGACGCGGACUCGUGUACAAAGGUUGAGGUCAGCGGAGAAGAGCUGGAUCUUUUCAAAGACCAGCUAAAAAUUGCUCAAGAAGUUAGAAAAGAAGUAUCCGAUGACGAGAAUAGUCUAUUCACGAUUCCGGACGACGACAACCUCAUUCGUAGACUGGCAGCACGUGAAUCAGAUAAGCAUGGAGCUUACACUUCAGAAAUCGUUCAAAAAACAAGCGGGGAAGUUGAAGACUUCUACAAAAAAGUGAUUGUGCAGAUGGCAGCUGAAAUAAGCGGCACUUUAGUGUACUCGGUCAACGAAAUGAUGCUGCAUUCGUAUUUGUCCAUAAGGAGAAGACAUCGUUAUGAAAUAGACUGGACUUUAUUCUCCAAAAGUGGGAUGUUUUUGAUUGAAGUCAGCGACGCCAAUCAGCACAAAAAAGGAUCCCUCCUGGGCCCACUUCUGUUCUGCAUUUUCAUCAAUGACCUCCCGGACCGACUGAAAUUCUCUGACCCGUACAUAUACGCUGACGAUCUGAAACUUCUGACAGUCAACACAGACCUAAUCAAAGUGCAACAGGACUUGAAGUCCAUUGAUGACUGGGUCAAGGAGAACAAGAUGGCGCUGGCUCUCGAUAAAUGCUCACAACUGGUGUUCAGAGGCAGAGCACACGAUCUGCAGCUUUCCGGAUCAAAACUUGAAUCCUCUACAGAAGCGAAAGAUCUUGGAUUUAUAGUGGACUAUAAAUUAUCCUGGAAUAAACAUAUUGAUAUGAGACUGACCAAAGAACUGGAAGGACCUGAGUUGCGGAAGUUGAAACAAGCAUUCAAUACACUUGUGCCGUUCGCACUUCAGCUGAUUCACUGCCUGAUGACUCAUACUUCUGCGGACAUCCAAGAAUCCAGGCACCCUGAAUUUAUCAAGAAUUUUUACAAAAGAUACCUGAAAGUAGUGAUAUUUGUCAAAAAAAUAAAUCAAGAAGAGUGGAACAAAUUUAUUUGGCAUAACUCACCGGGCGAGUAUAUCAGGAAUGAAGCUCUUGAAAAAAUGCCUUUUAACAACCGAAAGUACAUUGUACCGUUCAUUUACAUAGCUGCUCUCGAUGGUCAUGUAGAAAACAAUUUUCUCGCUGCAAAAAUGCACCAGAUUGAAAUAAGCAGAGAAGCCAAAAACGCAAACUUGUUCUACGGAGAACUGCAGAGAUUGGAAUGCACGUUGAAAGAUUUUUUGGAUCCAAAAUUGCAAAAUAAUUACGAGGAAAGAAGCAAAGUAGGAACUCUUCUAAGAUCGAUGGAAGUCAUAUUCUCGCUAGCUGCACGUGACUUCUAUGAAUUGACUCUAAGCAAGCAACAACAAGAAAUUGUGAAUGACGAAUACAACCCUUUCAAAUUCAUCUUGGGCGAACCAGGAACUGGAAAGUCUCAUGUAUGCAUGGCACUUACCAGAAAGUGCAUCAAAGAAAAACAAUUUCACAAAGUGUUCUACCUGAUUCCCCGAGAGAAGAAGGCUUGUCGACAAUUUGUUGAAAAAACACUUAAAUCAGAGUUUGGAAUAGACCCAGUCAGCACGAAGCAAUUGCAGAUCGCUGACUCUAAGCGCUCCGUUUUGGAGCAGCUCUUGAACGACGAAGAAGACUUCUUGGGACGAAAAAUUGGCCUCAUUAUUGACGAGUGUAUGGUGUCUACUGAAAAAGAGACACUUCAAAUGGGAGACGGAGUUGCGAACUUGUUUCCGUUGUUUGAUAUGGUCUGCAUGAAUGUCUCUGUUGGGGGUCAAAUGGAGUGCAAGCAUGGUCAUUAUGGACUCAUCUACCCAGCUGGGUUCCACAGAUAUGUGCUGAAUGUCGGAUACAGAAGCAGCAGUAGUAUUCUUCAUUUCAAUUCCAAGAUGCUGCAUAAAACAACCAGGAAACACAUUUGUGGAACAAGCAUUGUCUCCAUCUCGCCACGAGUUCCGCACGAAGACAAUAUUCAAGUGCUACUUGAAAGUGAUGCCGAGAAAAGGUAUCAAAUUGUAGAAGAUUGGCGCAAAGAACUCGUCAACGCAGAUUCGAUGGGUAUCAUUAUUUUUCGCAAGAAUAGCGAUGUCGAGAAUGAAACCGAUAGUUGUCAAAACUCGAGCUUUCUUGAGAGAUUUGAAGCUGACGACGAACAAACCUUUGCAAACGAUGCGUUGGAAGAUUAUCGAAAGCUCUUGUUUUCGGGAUGCGAAUUUGAUGAUGUUCUGAUCAUAUUGGAAUCUGAUGUCAGUAUUUACGACAAAAGAAAAGUGGUUGAAUGUGACGGUUCAACUUAUGGACAAACUUUCGGGCAAAAUCUUCUGCUAGCUACCACUCGAGCAAAGAAGACUUUAAAAAUUGUAGUCAAGCAUGAGUGGGAAAAGAAAGAAUUGGAUAAUCUGAUCAGAGACGAGAACCAACUGAUUGUAGCCCAGGUGCGGGGAAAUGAAGAGAGUGAACGGAAGACAUUCGUGGACAAACUGAAAAGAGGAACAAAAGAGGAACUGUGUGAUGUCAUCCGGGUUUCGGUCCAGCGACAGGAGACAAAACUGUUUGAAGACGCGUUCGCAGCAGGGGCAGCCAUAUCGAGCAGUGGGGCACUCGAAGACCACAUGGCUGAAUUGUUUAUCGAUGCCGUGCUGCCUGGAUGCAUUGGAAGGCAGAAAAGCCAAAAGUUUCUCAGACAUCUUUCAGACUUCGCAAAACGCAAGUCCUUCAAACACCUGAUAAAUAGCCUUGAGGGCGACAGAAAGAAUAAGAUGAUUCUUUGGGUAAAUUCUGCAUAUAGCCGAGAUGCGAUCGAAACUUUUGAAUGGCGAGUGCAGUUUGGCAGGCCUAUUUUUGAUACCCAGGAAAAGGCAAAGUUUUUCAGAGAAGUGCUGAUUUCAGCUAUGAAAGAAGGCUCACUAAAAGUAGUCGAUCAUGCAUUUGAAAAAGCAUCGAAGUUCUUUGAUGUUCACGCUGAUGAUAUAAGCAAGUUGAUUGUGAGCCAAAGUUUUGAGAUCGAUUUUGUUGAGAGUCAGUCCCUUCUGUCGAUUGCAACUUGGACCAACAGAGACCACAAACUAGUGGAAUACUUAAUGAGAAAAAUACUUAAAUACAAAGACAGCGCCAAUGCAAGCAUGAUAGCAAAAGUUUUACAGCAAGCGAUGGCGUGGUCCGUUCAAUAUGGAUCUUUCUUGAUGCUUCGAGAACUCAUUGCAGAAGAAGAGCAGCACUUUGUUCUUCUGAUAGAAUUUCUGAAGGAAAUGAACCCCCAGGCACCAAUCAAGGCACCCUUUCAUUGUAAAAAGAGCUUCAUUGAGCGGGUUAAGAACUUCGCUCAAUCCGCAGAAAAUGCAAAAUGGAGCGACGACGAGAGAAAAUUAUUGGUAUUCAUCCAAGAUCUCGAAAAUAGACUGGAGUCGGCCGAACUUGAUAGUUUGGGAUGAAAGUGACUUCGAACUAUGACGACUGUGGAAUGGGCGGUACAGAACACAAACCCACUCAAACGAUUACAGAGAAUCCGAUUUCACUCUGGAACAAAACAAAGAUAUUUGCUUGUGUAACCACAUCUUUCGGAAUGUUAUCAGCAAACUCACCUUAGUUGAACUCCUCUCUGUAAUUCCUCAAACCAAUCCCACUCCCCACAAUCCCACAAACAAUCCCAAUCACGACCCCACCCCCCCAGAGUCACAACGCAACUUUUGUCGUCAAUUUCCUGUCGUCCUAAUGAAUUUGAUUCCUUUUUUUUUCA